AUGGCGCAGACUCACAAGAGGCAGAUUAGCAAGGCGAAUGGCAAGGAGAUCGACAUCGAUGUCCUCGUUAUCGGCGCUGGUCCAACGGGUCUCGGUGCCGCAAAGCGCCUGCAACAGAUUGACGGCCCCUCGUGGUUGAUUGUUGACAGCAACGAGACUGCUGGCGGUCUUGCCUCCACAGAUGUCACCCCAGAGGGCUUCCUCUACGAUGUCGGCGGCCACGUCAUCUUCUCUCACUACAAGUACUUCGACGACUGCAUCAACGAGGCGCUGCCAAAAGAGGAGGACUGGUACACUCACCAGCGUAUCUCAUAUGUCCGCUACAAGGGCGUGUGGGUGGCAUACCCAUUCCAGAACAACCUGUCUGCUCUUCCCAAGGAGGACCAGGUGAAGGCCAUGGAGGGCCUGAUCGACGCCACAGUCGAGUCAAGAGUCGCACGCGAUAAGCCAAAGAACUUCGAUGAGUGGAUUCUGAGGACAAUGGGUUCGGGCAUUGCGGACAUCUUCAUGAGACCAUACAACUACAAGGUGUGGGCUGUGCCCACGACAGACAUGCAAUGCUCGUGGCUCGGUGAGCGUGUCGCUGCACCAAACCUCAAGCUGAUCACCACCAACGUGAUCCUCAACAAGACCGCAGGAAACUGGGGUCCAAACGCCACAUUCCGCUUCCCAGCACACGGAGGCACUGGCAACAUCUGGAUCAAGGUUGCUGACACCAUUCCCAAGGAGAAGAAGCUCUUCGGCAAGCACGGCGAGGUCCAGCUCGUGGAUGCUGAGAACAAGAGAGUGCUGCUCGGCGAUGGCACAACUGUCAACUACCAGAAGCUCGUUUCCACCAUGUCUGUCGACUACCUCGCUCAGGCCAUGAAGAAUGAGGAGCUCGUGAACUUGAGCAAGGGCCUGUUCUACUCCAGCACCCACGUUAUCGGUGUUGGUGUUCGUGGAACUCGUCCAGAGCGCAUUGGUGACAAGUGCUGGCUCUACUUCCCAGAGGACAACUGCCCAUUCUACCGCGCCACCAUCUUCUCCAACUACUCGCCUAACAACCAGCCAGAGGCCUCGAAGAAGCUGCCAACCCUGCAGCUCGGAGAUGGCAGCAAGCCAAGCGACACAUCCGCCAGGGAGGGUCCAUACUGGAGCAUCAUGUUGGAGGUCUCCGAGUCCAGCAAGAAGCCGGUGAACCAGGAGACCAUGCUCGCAGACUGCAUUCAGGGUCUUGUCAACACUGAGAUGCUUAAGCCAGACGACGAGAUCGUCUCCACAUACCACCGCCGCUUCGACCACGGUUACCCAACCCCAUCCCUCGAGCGUGAGGGUGUCCUCACUCAGCUCCUCCCCAAGCUCGAGAAGCUCGACAUCUGGUCUCGCGGACGCUUCGGCAGCUGGAGAUACGAAGUCGGCAACCAGGACCACUCUUUCAUGCUCGGUGUCGAGGCCGUUGACAAUAUCGUCAACGGCGCUGUCGAGCUUACCCUCAACUACCCAGAUUUCGUCAACACUCGCCAGAACACCGAGAGACGGUUGGUCGAUGGCGCACAGGGACUCAAGGCCAAGAACGCACAGCAGAACAUUGUCAGCUCAAGGUAG